GUUAACCUCUGCACACUUCGAGUUGCAUUUCCUACAAUCGGGUCACCUUCCCUCAGGAGGAAUGGCAACCCUUUAACUCCUUCCCUUCCUCCCUCCGCAAGGCGGGAGCAUUGCGCCAAGUAGGGAGCCACCCAUCCGCAGAUAGCCAUCGCCUCAUUUGGCAACAGGCUGAGCUAAGGAUCGUCUGAGGUCGUCUGAGAAUGGUUGAACUUGAAGAGUUCUGAGCCAAGUCCGAGCUACCUUUCCCCCACCUCCACCCUCACCUCGUGGAUCAGGGCCCGAACUCCCGAGAAAAUGGACUCGGGAGGGAGCAGUCCGUGCAGUUAAGUCAGUCUCUGGGACAGUGCAGCCAGGACGCCGCCUCCUCGGGCUCCACAGGGAUUCCUGCUUCUCCAGCCUCCCCCAACCGCUCCUCCCACUGUGGCAGCACUUGCUUUUAUACUGAAAUUAACGCAGGUCAAGCUGACCCCGGCGGUACAGAACCAGCCGGCAGGUCGUUUCAGGCCGUCUUGUCCCCUCCAAGGAAACCCCAACUGGUCCCGACCCAGCGAGGCAGGUGGGACUCUGAGAAGACAAGCCCGCUCGAGGCUGAUUCCUCUCCACAGCUGCAAAGAUGAUGGAACAGAAUUUUAAGGGGGACCCGGAUACCCCGCACUCCAUCUCCUUCUCGGGCAGCGGGUUCCUCUGCUACUAUCAGAUAGGGGUCGUGGAUGCCUUCCGAGACCUGGCCCCCCGCAUGCUGGAUACGGCUCAUCGUGUGGUCGGGACAUCUGCUGGCUCGGUAGUAGCUGCCCUGACAGUGUUAGGCAUCAGCAUGGAUGAAUAUCUCAAAGUCUUAAAUGUUGGUGUGGCUGAGGUCAGGAAAUACUUUCUGGGACCGUUUUCCCCUUCCUGCAAGAUGGUCCAGAUAAUGAAGCAGUUUCUAUACCGAGUCCUGCCUGAGGAUUCCUACAAGAUGGCAACAGGAAAGCUCCAUGUGGCCCUUACACGGGUGGAAGAUGGAGAAAAUGUGGUGGUAUCUGAAUAUACUUCUAAGGAAGAGCUCAUUGAGGCACUCUACUGCAGCUGCUUUAUUCCUGUUUACUGUGGUCUCAUUCCACCAACUUACCGGGGGGAGAGGUAUAUUGAUGGAGGAUUCACUGGAAUGCAGCCAUGCUCCUACUGGACAGACUCAAUUACCAUCUCAGCUUUCAGUGGCCAGCAAGACAUUUGCCCCAGGGACUGCCCAGCUAUCUUCCAUGACUUCCAUUUAUUCAACUGUGGCUUUCAGUUCUCCUUGGAAAAUAUUGCCCGGAUGACCCAUGCUCUCUUUCCCCCAGACCUAAUGGCUCUGCAUGAAUAUUAUUACCGGGGAUAUCAGGACACAGUCUUAUACUUGAAGAGGAUAAAUGCUGUCUACCUCUCAUCUCCCACCAAGAAUUUAAUUUUCCCCCGGGUGGAAGUGUUCUGCUUGGGAAAGCAUCUGCCCCAGGGCAGGGAAUGGAAAGCAAUUGAUGGGCAGAACUCAGAGACUGCAGUGGCCACCUCGUCAAAGCCCUGGAGGCACCCUCUGAAUGAAGCCACCAAGGGGAAUGGGAAGGAUGACGACGAUGAGGAUCUUGAAUUUGUACUUGCUCAGCUCCCUUCCUCAUCAGCCACGCAGCCAUCUGCAGAGGCACUUGUCCCAUCACCACCUGACUCACCUAGAGCCUGCCUUGUCUCAUCACCAUCUGAACAGUUGCCACUCUCACCAGCUCUUCAUCCAAUGACACGCUCGCUCCCAGCACUCAUGCAAUCGUCCAUGACUCUCUCAGUGCCUUUCUCAUCUCUGCCAUCCUUUGUGCAGUUACCUACCUCACCCCCUGCACAGUCACUGGUAUCAACACCUGUGCCAGCACUUCCUUCACAUUUAGUGCCAUCCCCAACAUUAUCCCCAACGUCUCCAAUUAUGUUAUAUCCUCCAUCGAUAUAUCUUCAUUCACCUUCAGUGUGUCCUGUGCAGGCAUCAUCUGUGGAAACCGACGUCAUGUCCCAGCCCCAAGCUUCUUUGAAUCAGAAAAUCACCGUGUUUCUGGUCAAUAUGAAGGAAACCGUCUCCAAGCCCUCUGUGAAGGGCCACCCUGGGGAUGACACAAAUUGGGCGAAAAAGUUGUUUAGAAGGAGCAGCUGUGACACAAAUGACACCAGGAGAGACUUCUCAAGACAUCGAAAAUCAAGGCGAGCAAAGAAAAGAGAACAGCAGUCUCCCCCCUGCCUCGACUCCCCUCUGCUUCCUACUCCUGGGACAGUUUGGGUGUCCUACCGGCCUCAUCCCAUGGGUACAAGUCAGAUGAAUGAAGACUCUCAGGUAUCCAAACACCUGGAAAGGGACCAGAAGUAGCCUCUUUAUGACUAUGGGGAACUUUCUUCUGCCUCCUGUCGUGUUCCGGAUUGACCACAACUCCAUCUUCUCCUAAGACUGUGCUGCUGGUUACGGAAAUUUGGCUUUUAUUUUGCUGGGGACCUCUGUGUCAGGAUACCCUUGCAGAGUCCCGAAAAAUAUGAACACCUCUGCCAAGAGCCAUCCCACAUUCAGGUCUUUUUCGACCAGGAAAAGAAGGCCACCCAAAGUGGCAGAUGUUCCUGAUGAAUCAUCAGUGUUCCUGAGAACCAGCUCUGAGAUAGGAAACCCAUCAGGCCCAUUCUGUCUGAGCUGGCAGGUUCCUUCCCGUUUCUAGUGUCUGUAGAUUCAUUCCACUAUUCUCUCCUCAUGGUGCUCUGUUUUCUAUAUUUUCUAUAAUCUGGGGAUAGAGACUAUCCCCAAUAUCCAGUAUUCUGGGGGAAAAAAAUCUUUUAAAAGACUCAUUUCUUUUCCCUUUUCUUGGAUCCCCUUCACCUUUUCUGUGCUCAUCUUUUAGCCAGUGGAAUUUGCCUCUGGGUUCCUCUGGUCCUGGAUAAAGGGGCAGCACUAUUUUGUCUGGGAGGGGUCCCCAGGCCAUUUCAAUCCCUGAGAAUUCAAUGAGGCCUUCAUCCCCUCUCUCCUCCCUAGGCUGCUAUAAAGUAUUUCAUUCUAAGAGGACCCUGAAAAUGCAUCUUUACUCCUUUUAGUCUCUUUAAGAAGGUUUAUUUCUUCUGCUCACAAGAAGAGACAGAAAAGCUUCAAGCUGAUUGAUGUCAUUUGCAAAACAAACAGAUGACUAAAUCUCUGGGCUGGGGAAAGAGUUUGCUUAACAAAAUGUGUGAUACAAAAUCAAGGAGGCAUAUGGGAAGAUGGAAAGCAAAAAACAGGGAGUACUCCCAAUCCGUGAGCCUUCCAGGAAGAACAGUAAAGUACAUUCAUUUUCAUGGCAAUUUUGAGUCCCAAAAUGGGAAUAAUUGACAUGGUAGAAGCAAGAGGAGGUUGGGUGUGGGAGUAUAUUUAAAUGGGAUCAUUUAACAUAAUGUAUUGGGGUUUUUUAUGAACUCUGAUUUAAAUGGCCUUAAUUUUUUUUAACCCUUACCUUCUGUCUUGGAAUCAGUACUGUGUAUUGGUUCCAAGGCAGAAGAGCAGUAAGAGCUAGGCAAUGAGGGUUAAGUGACUUGCCCAGGGUCACACAGCUAGGAAGUAUCUGAAGGCAGAUUUGAAUCCAGGACUGUCCAUCUCCAGGUCUGGCUCUCAAUCCACUGAGCCCCCUAGCUAGCCCCUUUAACAGGCUUUUAAACAGAUGAAUGACCCUGUGAUCAGCUCCCAACUUGAAAUCAUUCCCUUGAGAUGGCAAACGAACUUUCAAGAUAUCUGUCCUUUGUAGGUCUUUUCUUUCUUUGGUUUCCUUUUACUGAGUUUCUGGAAUCAGCCCAGGGAGGAAAAUCCCUCCUCUGAUUUAUGGAGGGAGGAAGACAUACCUCUGUCAUCUCUACACAGCUACAGAGCAAAAUGAUGACCCAUUUGCAAAGAGAAUUGACCACUUCCCAUUCUUCCGCAUGGGGGCAGGUAGGUAGUACAGUGGAUAGAGUAUUGGGUCUGGAGUCAGGAAGACCAGAGUUCAAAUCUGAAAUCAGACAUUGACUAGCUGUGUGACCUGGGUAAGUCAUUUCAUCCUUUCUGCCUCAGUUUCCUCAUCUGGAAAAUAAUCUGGAGGAAAAAAAUCACUCCAGUAUCUUUGCCAAGAAAACUUAUGAAGUUAGUUAUGAAGUUUUGAUGUUAUGAAGAGUCAGGCAAGACUCAAUUAAUCGUUCUUCCUGGAGCUUAUGUGAGCAGAGACUCUUGGAGGGGAAUAAAAGGAAGAUUGUUCCUUCACGACCUGGGAAUGUAUAUUCCCUGGUUUAGAAGGUGAGGAAUAGAGCUCAAUAAUAAUUAUUGUUCUAACAUUAAGCUUGUAUAUACUGCCAUAUACAAUAGAGAUGUUUUAGCAUCAAUUAUACAAUAAGCAUCAAUAAAGAUUUCCCAAAAUUCCG